ACCAUCUGUGUCUGAUAUCCAUAAUAAAUUACUUAAAUGGCAUCGGAUAUUAAGGGACGGAGCACAAGACGAAGACGAAGAUGAAUUAGUAAUUUUAGAAGCGUUCAAGUCUGCAGAUACAAUUAUUCCAACAUUAUCAGUCGAAUUUCCGAUUUUCCCUAAAGGCAAACUUACAAGUAAAUUGCUUAACUUCAAAGAUCCUUAUGAACCAAUUAAAUCACUAUUUG